CUCAUAAUGCAGCAUGUGGGAAAGAAUGUAACAAAAUGAAGGAACUGUAGCUAAGCGGAGUCUUUAUCGUAAAACAGUCGUCGUUUUCGGGUGAUUAAACAAAAGUGAUGCUCAUACAAUGCCUAUAGUGGACAAGCUCAAGGAGGCCCUGAAGCCCGGCCGGAAGGACUCUGCGGGUGAUGAAGGGGACCUCAACAAGCUGCUGGCCUCCUCAGCCAAGAAGGUCCUACUUCAGAAGAUUGAAUUUGAGCCAGCGAGCAAGGGCUUCACCUACCAGUUGGACAGCCUCAAGAGCAAGUAUGUGAUCCUCAAUCCCCGUUGUGAGGGAGCCGUUUCGGGCCAGCGGGCCAGCUCGGAGCCCGCACAGAUCAAGAGGCAAGUUUCUGACAGCCAAGGGGGUGGCCACAGUGAUGGGAUCCCCGCCCCGCAGAAGAUGCUCUUCCCGGGGAACAGGCUGUCAAUGCGCUGGGAGCGCGUCUACCGAGUGGGAGCCGGCCUCCACAACCUCGGCAACACCUGCUUCCUCAACUCCACCGUGCAGUGUCUCACCUACACGCCCCCCCUAGCCAACUAUCUACUCUCCAAGGAGCACAGUCGUGCCUGUCACCAGUCGGGUUUCUGUAUGAUUUGUAUAAUGCAGAACCACAUCAUCCAAGCCUUUGCCAACACUGGCAAUGCCAUUAAGCCUGUCUCCUUCAUCCGAGACCUGAAAAAAAUUGCCAGGCACUUUCGGUUUGGAAGCCAGGAAGACGCCCAUGAGUUCCUGCGCUACACCAUUGAUGCCAUGCAGAAAGCUUGUCUGAAUGGCUACCCAAAGUUAGACAGGACGACACAGGCUACCACACUGGUCCACCAGAUAUUUGGAGGUUUCCUUAGAUCGCGAGUUAAGUGUUCAAUUUGCAAAAGUGUGUCGGACACAUACGACCCUUAUCUGGACAUUGCUGUUGAGAUUCGACAAGCUGCAAACAUUGUCCGAGCCCUGGAGUUAUUUGUGAAGCCGGACAUGUUGAGUGGCGAGAAUGCUUACAUGUGUGCCAAGUGUAAGAAGAAAGUGCCGGCAACAAAGCGAUUCACUGUCCAUCGAACUUCCAAUGUUCUCACCCUGUCUCUGAAGAGGUUUGCCAACUUCAGUGGUGGGAAAAUCACCAAGGAUGUUGGCUACCCAGAAUUUCUGAACAUCCGCCCCUACAUGUCACAGAGCACCGGGGACCCUGUCAUGUAUGGCCUCUAUGCUGUCCUAGUUCAUUCUGGAUACAGCUGUCAUGCUGGCCACUACUACUGCUAUGUCAAGGCCAGCAACGGGCAAUGGUACCAGAUGAAUGACUCGAUGGUACAUUCAAGUAACAUCAAAGUAGUCCUCAAUCAGCAAGCCUAUGUCCUGUUCUACCUUAGGAUCCCAGAGACAAAGAAGAAUGUGGCUGGUCAGUGCGCCAAGCAGGGAAUGGCAAAGAACAACACAAUGUCAGAGCAGCUCAGGAAGACCAACCUCAACGGGCCCCUCUCCUCCCCGCAGGUCACCAAGAAAAUGGACCCUUCACAGCUGCGUAAGAUCCAGUCCAUGGAUGGCGGCUUGGGCGUACCCGUGUCAAGGAACGGCUCCAAUGGAUCCCAGCAGCCCAGCAGGAUGUCCAAUGGGACGGCGUCCCACGGUCCCCCCAAGCUCCCCGGUGGACCCACGUUAAUCGAGGAGCCCUUCAAGAAGCUGAAGAAGCAGUGUCCCCCUCCGCUGUCUCAGGCACGUGGCACCAACCCUGCCCCCACCGCCAAUGGAGCGGGCAGCAGGUCGGAUGGAGACAAGAGGCAAGGGAGUGAAGGGAACAGGGGCUUGGCCACAUCUACCUCACUCAAGUCCCUGUCGGACUCUUCCUCCACGGACACCUCAGACUCCAAGGAUUUUGUGGGUACCAAAAGUGCGCCAGUCGGUGGGACAUCCACGCCCCCGAGGAAUGGAUCGACCGGCACAGCGUCCCCUGCCAAGAGCGUGGAGCGAGCGGGCACGGAGGAGCAGAAGACGGUCAAGUUAAAACCCCAGGCCCUCAACAAUAUCACGUCUUCACCCACCAGCACCAUGUCUCCCCCGCCGGCCAAAAAACUGGCCCUGUCAGCCAAGAAGGCCAGUCGCAGCCAGAGUCCGAGCAGCACUGAGGCUCAGCAUCCACACCGGCCCCGCCAUCUGUCCCGUGACCCCUUGCAUCCCGCUCAACUUCACACCCUCACCUCCACCUUACCAACACACAGUCACAGGGUUGGUCCAUUCCAUUCUCCACCUGCAGCCCACCACGUUCACUCAGGCAUCCCAAUUAAACAUCAGAGUCCCCAAAAACAAAACCCCAGCCUCUCUCUACAAACCAACGGCCUUCAGCCCCAUCAUCCAAAGAGCCCUAAAUCUACCCAAGCCCCCAGAUCCAGUAUGUCAAAGCCUGGCACAAGCAGCGACGCUACCACCGCCACCUUAAAGAAGAAGAAAAAGAAACGCCGUCACUCUGAAAUAGGGGGAGAGCGAGAGCCCGCACCGGCUCCCGCCAUCGAACCAGCCGGCGAGAAGCGGAGGAAGAGGAAGAAAAGGAAAAGAAAGCGUGAGGAACUGGAUGGAGAUAAAUCGGAGAGCCACAGGGAGAGUGUCCCAUCUCAUCUGGAACCUCGCUCUCAGGCCGAAGAGGAGGAGUGGUGUCAGGGGGGAUCCUGGAGCCUGACCCUGUCCGCUACAGAAGCACCAGAUCAGCCAAAGCAGCAGCAGCGUGAACCAAAACGGACUGAACCCCAACCAGAGAAGAUGUCAGUUCUAAUGCAGUACCAACAUGAUGUGAAUAAAGGAGGGCAUAGUAUGGACACUGUGGAGAUGAAGAGGAAGAAGAGGAAAAAAAGGACACUUGAGGGACCAGAGGAAGCAACGCCAAGGCAUACCGUCUCAGAAAGUUUUGGGAUGAAGGAUGCUGUCGUGGAAAACGGUGUCUGGGAUUCAACAGAGCCAAAGAAGAAGUUCAAGAAGAAAAAGCACAGGCUAAAAGAAGAGGUGAGCCUUUGGGAAGAGAGCAGACGUUGUGGUGCUGCCGAUGACCCGAGAUGCAACACUGAAGCAGCAGAGCCACGUCCUAAGAAGAGCAUUGUGGAGAACACUGUGAUCGUGUGGGACAGCCAAGUUAAGGAUGGCUACAAGUGUUCCAAAGCUCCUGCUGCAAAGGAUGAGUCUGGAGAAGCGCCCUGCCCUGCUCCCAUGGCCUGGGAUGGGAAGAGGAGCAGCAAGGUAGUAGAAGAGCUCCUGAAGAACUCUUUGGACAAAGCCUAUGGAACCCAAGUCCUCAGCUGGGAGGGAGAGGCGUCUGCCAUCAGUAGAGAUGCCAUUGAGGACACACGCGAUGCCAGAAUGGACACAGUGAUUGACGAGUGGGAUGAGGACUUCGACACUGGAAAGGUGAAGAAAAUUAAAAAGUACAAGCGAGAGAAAAGGAGGAAUGGCAAUAUCUUCCAGAAGAUCCAGGACCGACGGAGCAUGUGGUCGGUCACACCCAGCGGAAAGAAGACCAGCUUUGGAUACCGUCACUGAGAACAAGCCUGGUUGGAGGGAUAAAUGUUUGGCCACGUACGGUACAACUGAACCUAAGUGACCACACGUGACAGGACUCAAACAAUGUACCUCUUUUGAUUGUUCGUGUGUUCGGCAGCUCAUACCCUGAUUGCCAUACAAAAGACCCUAGCCAGUUGACAAAUACAGACCAUGCAGAGUGAAAGUGACAGAGUUGAUUUCAAGUCUUCACUGACCAACAUGAGAUUUUACGACUGUCAGCCAGACGUCAACUACGAGUUGAUGCUAUACUAUCUCUGAUGGUAUGAGAAUACUUUCCAGAGUAAAUGGCUCUCGCACUGCUCACAGCAUGUGAUCGACCUGCCGCAGUAUGAUGCUGCUGUGCUUCCGCUUACUGUAAUAACAUGACACCAUAUCAAAUAUAAAUCCAUGACAUCAGGUUAUGCCUUAUUUUGACAUACUACAUGGUUGGGCUACAGAAGGGAACAUUUCUGGGAUAUUUUUUUUUGUUGCCUGUAUCAAAUGAUGUGCAUCUUAGAGCGUUAAUCUGUAUGAAAGGAUGAGGUGAGAGAUAUUCCAUACAUUGUAGGGAUGCGCCGAUAAUAUUAUUGACCAAUGCUGAUAGCCGAUAUUCAUGUAACACAAACGGCCGAUACCAAUGAUUUAGUGAUUUCUGCACUCGUCUACUCUGGCGUAUCAAAAAUGUGCUUCUAAUUUCAACAAAUGGAAAUUCAUUUGUUGAAAUCUAAUGGUAGUUCUUUAUAUUUUCAUAAAGAUUAUGACUAAAAUAUGGACAAUUCAUAGAAAAGAUUUGUCAUUAUUUGAUUAUAUAAUAAAUAUACAUUCUCUCUGUAAUUGUACAAUCUACAAUGCCUGGCUAUAAAUGUACUGAAUAAGGCAUUAGACGUCCUCAACAAAAUGGCAAGAGAGAAUAAAGAACAAUCGGACAAAUGACGGUGGCAGAAACAUUUUAUGAUACAAAUGACUGGAACAGAUUGGAUGUCUAUUCAGAUGAAAGCAGAUUUGGUCCAAAAACAUUUUAAAUCAUUUGGCCCGUUACAGGUUAUUUUACAGUAUUCUGGCCCUUUUGUAUUGGUGCAUCCCUAAUAUAUUGUACUAUAAACAGACAGUGCCCAACUCAGUUUAUUGAUGAAAUCCUUGAAUUAUAGCAAUGUAAUGUCCAGAGCUAAAAUGACUCCCUAUCUUAUAGAGAAUCAUUCUGUUCUGCUCUGUUUUUUCUUCUUCUUGGUCAGUCUAUUAGGUUGCAGCCAGCGAUGUAGUGUUUGAAAAAGUGAAUCAACAUUACCAUUUGCGAAAAGUAACAGUCCUUCUACUUUGACAUGGGUUUUUCUGCAAAUGGCGGGCAAGUGCUCCAGCAAAAUCAGAAAGUGCAAGCUGCACUUAUGUUUGUUCACCCACCACUAUGCCACUGGUUGCAACCCCUGAAAUUGUUGCAGACCGCUAUCUACAGUAGAGCUAGGCAGUAGUGGUGUGUUCUUUGAACUCUGGUGUGAAAUGGCCCAUUCUUUAUGUGAGGACACGUGACUAUCUGAGGGUAAACCCUGUCACUCUUAAAAUACCAAACAUUAACACAACGCCCACAUUGUGAUACCUUCUGAUUAGCUUUAUUCCCAUCCUCUGUUUUAGUUUAGGUUUGAAAUAAUCAUUAUUUUAUGGUUUUUAUGUUUUCUCUAAUUUGAUUUCUUCGCCACAAUGCCUUUGCAUUUGGUAGGUUUUACAUAACUUUAUUAAACUGACCCAUUUGGCUGCUAUUUUGGUUUAUUUUGGUGGAGGCAACUUCAGACCCCUGUCUCAAAUGGACAACAGGCCUCCAAUUAAAAUGUUCCUAAUAGGGUGCGUUUUAGCAGGAUUUUAAGUUUCCUUUGAAGUACAGUAUUUUCUUCCCUACUUGGUUGAUUUGUUUUUUUGUUGGGGGAUUUGUUUUCAAAGCUGAAAAUGAAAUUUGGUAGGUGGCAGAUGAGAAAAUGGCAUGGUUUAUGGACACCGAGUGCUGCUGAAACAUGAAUGAACCCUACAUGUUGAUCCUCCCAGGUAACAUUAAGGACUGUCAAGACCAGUAUAUAAAGGUUUUGUUCCUUUAACACCACAUGUAUUAGACAUUGUUUCAUAUGUCUUUUAAUCCAUUAGCUCUCAUUUCCAGUAAAGUUCUAUUAUGUUUGGAAAGAAUAAGUGACAUUGAGGGGGGGUGGGUUUAACUUAUCUUUUGAACUUAAUUUUUUAGUUCACCAUUUACAGUAGGCAUCUGCAGCUACCUGUGUACCAUUUAUUUUUUAUAGCUAAUCACAUCUUAUCUGCUUGGUAUUCCGAAAACCGUCUCAUCUGCUUGGUAUUCCGAAAACCAUCUCAUCUGCUUGGUAUUCUGAAAAUGUUCAAUCCUUAUCCCUAGUCUAAUGAAAAUUUGUGCCAGAGUCUGUGGUUUGAGUUUUUUUUCCACUGUCACUGAAGGUCAUCUUUUUGUUGUUCCUUGUGUAUUUUGUAAUGAAUUUCAGGCCUUAAUAUAGUGUAAAACAAUGUUUUUGUGUAUAAUUUUUUUUUAAAGCCCAGAUGAUGGGUUAAAAUCUAUCUUGGUUCCAGAUCUGUUUGUGUUGACAGGCCAACUACAAUGCUCAACAUCACGCCAAGUUGGCGAUACGGUACAAACAAAUCAGUGGCCAGGCUAGAUGACAUACAUUUGAAGAUAAUGUGUAUGUUAUCAUUACUUGACAAUUGUCCCAAUCUGAACACACUAUGCAAUUCUCUAACAGUCCAACUAACUGGUCCCCUGGAACCGAGGGUGUGUAACCUCAGGAAACCAGCCAUCGUCCAAAUCCGCACCCGCACACCCCCCCCCAAACUUACAACCCACUGCUCCUUGUCCAACAGUUGUUUUUCAAGUACACAUUUCAACACAUACAAGUCCACAGUUUUACCCCCAUAUUCAGCGGAGGAGUGGGCAGGUGACAAACAUUGGAUCCACUUAUAUGGGCAUAGAUUGAUUCUAUAAAUGGAGUAAUAUAUGAUUAGUCAUUAUACGAAAUCGCUUUGCCAGUGUUGAAGAUUGUACAGCCUACCCCUGAUCUCCCUGUAUAGACUUAGCCACACAUUGACUUUCUGUCUAGAGAUGUCGCCUUGAAUCAGCUUAAAGAGUGUAGGUAAUACUUGAUAAUGUUAGAAUUUAAAGAAUCUUCAAGUAUUUUAUGUGCUAUUAAUAAUACACUGAUGAAAUCGGUUGUAUUUAAGGGUUGCAGGUGGAUUGUGUUACGUUUAAUAAUUUUUCAGAUUGUGUGUGAGAAAUGUUUGUCAUACCUUGAGACCUUGUAUCUAUUACUGUAGUGUCAUACAGUAGGGGGGAGGUUUCAUCAACUGUUCGAUUGUUCCUUAGAACUUGUUAAAUGUUGAUUGUGAAAUUAACUUUAGGACUUGUUCAAUUCUCAAGGAAAUUAACACGAGGACACAAUACUGGUGUGAAUGAUCAUCUAAGUCAUAUUUGCAUUGAUGGUUCUAGGAUUUACACCGUUUCAGACCAACAAGAGACAUUUGAUAAUGAAAGGUGACUUACCAAAAUAGAUAACGUAAUUAGCUAUAGCCUACAGGUGCAAUAAUGUUGUGAGUUUUUGUGAGAAAAUAAAAAACGUGAAUUGCU